AUCAUUGCCAGACUUUGGCUUUUACGUGUGUGACUAAGGUCAAGAGGAUGUACUGAAAGUCGUUUUUGGAAGUUUUAAGGAGAUUUGAAAAAAAGCAAGGCAAUUUUUUCUUCCUUGUUCACCCCUUGAAGACAUACCCGCUUGGACUCUACCGAUUUACCGCAAUAAAGUGGGUUUACCCAGAGUUUGAAUUGACAAACGAGAUUAAUCCCGAAAGUACUUUUCGUGAGAAUUGAAGGCUUUAUAACCCCAGCUGGGUCAAAGUUUCUUUUCAUUUAAACAGAAAGGAUGUAUCGAAACUUUGGGAGCCAAGGGAGAGGCAACCCGGCGUACACAGGCAACGUCUCUGGGUCAAACUCCCAGGGAAGCACCAGCAACACUACACAGCAGGAUCAGAAGAUGACAAUGGCUGGCAGCAAUCAGUUCAUACCAAGCCUCAAUGCCAUCACUACCAACCAGGACCUUCAGUGGAUGGUCCAGCCUUCCCUCAUGCAUUCACCGGGCCCUUCUCAUUCUCCAGCACCUCCCUACCCAACCCUGUCAGGGGCACGGCCUCUGGCUCCACCACCUUCCCAUUUUCUCAGACCAGGGGUCAUAAGAGCAGCUACACACACUCCUGGUUCGACAAGGCGCCGGAACGACGAACAUUUAUCCCAGGAAGAGAUGGAGAGACGCAGAGUAAGAAGGGAGCGGAAUAAGAUGGCAGCAGCAAAAUGUCGCAAUCGCCGUCGAGAGCUGACAGACACACUGCAAAAUGAAACUGACCUGCUGGAGGAUGAAAAGUCCAAGCUACAGAAGGAAAUAACUGAGUUACAAAAGCAGAAAGACAGGUUUGAGCUGGUCCUGGAGGCUCACCGUCCCAUUUGUAAAAUAGAAGACUCGGAUUCGGAUUCAGACACAAAUCCAUCAAUUUCAUCUUUGGGAGGCAUCAAACUGGAGCCGCACGACUUCAGCAGACCCGGACCCUCGACCAAACCGCCAACGAAGAUGGAGAAGUCUAAACCAAAGAUAACCAUCCCCACCAAGCGUGUGACGACGGCUGCCUCUGCUGUUGCCUCUGAAUCAGAGUCUCUUCACACCCCAGUCCUGACAUCUCCUCCCUCCCUCACACCAUUCACAGCUGGUAUGAUUUUCACCUAUCCCUCUUCCUCUAUUGACACCAGCUCCUCCAUCACGUCCCAUACUGCAUCCCAUCAGGGCAACAGCCACUAUGCUCCAGCCCUGCAGCCUUGUGGGAUAGCUCACCGCCGGAGCAGCAGCAGUGGAGACCAAUCGGAUCACUCCCUGCACUCCCCGACAAUCCUCACUCUGUGAGCGACGACCACGUCCUCCUGGAAAACACUAAUGUGUGACAAAAGGGAUUUCUGGCGGAGGGAAAUGAAAAUUAUGGUUGUGAUAAGCAUUUCAAAAUGAGCUUCAUCUCUUCUCUUCAGAAAGUUGAUUCUUUACUUGGAUAAUAUGUAAAUUGGUGGUACUAUCAUGAUAUGAAUGUUACACUCUUUUUUGUAUUGAUAUAAAGAUAAAGUCUUUAUAUUUCUCAUUUUAAAAGCUAUUAGGUAGAAUGAGUAUGUUUGAGGUUUAUUAAGAAAGCAUUGCAUGCAGAAUUAUAGAAUUAUAAAAGUUUUCUUGAAAUAAUUGUGAUAACUCCAUCUAAUAAUAUAUUAUUUAAAUAAUUCAGUAUAAUGUUGCAUGCAUGAGUUUUUACUUUGUUACGUCAUGUUAUGUAACACUUUAUAAACGUCCUCACCGAGGGCAAUAGAGUACUUAUAAUUAAAUGGUCUAUAUUUUUGUAUGAAUCUUUUAAGAAUCCUAAUAUUUUGUAUGCACAUUAUUGACCACUAAGGCUGGGCCGUAGGAGUUAAUAUCGAUGAUGUAAUCACGUAUUUAUUUUUGAGAGUGUAAUAUAUUUUUUGGUAAUGUUUUUAUUGUCUCUGACAAACAAACUGUUUUGGUGGGCAGUGCCUUACUUUUAUCUUUUGUCCAAGCUGUACUACUUCACAGACAAUAAAGAGCAAACGUGUGUGAAA